CUCCGGGGGGCGGCUCCGAGGCGGGGCGCUGGGGGCUGUGCCGGGCCCGCCCGCAGCCGGUUUGCCGCCGCCGCCGCGCCCCGUUCGCUGCCCGGGGGGGGGCGGGAGGUGGAAAAGAACGGCCUGCCCAAAUCCUGCCCUGCCCUGGGAGGCUCCUGCUCUCGGCUGGGGUCUCUGCAGCAUCUUGGCACCUGCAGCCCCCUGUGCCCAGCAGGCAGCGUGCCCAAUGUCCCGGGUUCCUGGAGCAAAGGUUGCUUAAGCAAGUGUGAAAGCUUGGGAGCCCUGCUUCUGCUCCUGUGCAAUCGCCAGCACUGUUUGAAAGGGAACAACCUGCCUUAUCUUGGUUGCAAAAUCUGGCUCACCUGACCAUUGAUCAGUGAAUCUGCAGUGCACUCAGUCACAGGAGAAGAGAGAUCUGAACCCACGGGGCUGUGAAGAAGACAAGUUUGCAGCUACUUUUGCCUCUGCAGCCUUUGUAAAGCUCCUGUGUGACUCAGUGUUACUGGGUGAGCCUCAUCUCUCCCAAGAUGCUGAGAAGAGUGCUGUGUACCAUGUUUUUCAUGGGAGCCUUGCCAUCGCCGGCUGAGAUGUCCCAGGGCCACAUCUCCGUGGUCUUGCUGGGAGCCACAGGUGAUUUGGCCAAGAAGUAUUUGUGGCAGGGCCUCUUCCAGCUCUACAUGGACCAAGUGAGCAGUGGCCACAGCUUCACUUUCCACGGGGCUGCGCUGACAGCUCUGGAACCAGGGCAGAAGAUGAUGUUUGAUGUGCUGAAGAAGCUGGCCUGUCCCCCGGAUGAGGCUCCGGACAGAUGUGCUGUGCUGAAGGACCAAUUCUUGAAGCUGAGCCAGUACCACCAGCUGAAGACCGCCGAGAACUACACUGUGCUCAACAGGGAGAUCGAGGUGCUGCUUCGCCAGGAGGGCCUGAAGGAGGCUGGAAGAAUCUUCUACUUCUCAGUACCUCCGUUUGCCUACACGGAGAUCGCCCGGCACAUCAACAGCAGCUGCAGACCCCCUCCGGGCGCCUGGCUGCGUGUGGUGCUGGAGAAACCUUUUGGCCACGACCUGGAGUCGGCCCAGCAGCUGGCUGCAGAGCUGACGAGCUUCUUCAGGGAAGAGGAGAUGUACAGGGUGGACCACUACUUGGGCAAGCAGGCUGUAGCCCAUAUCCUGCCUUUUCGAGACCAGAACCAGGAGUUUCUGGAUCCCAUCUGGAACCGACAUCAUGUGGAAAGAGUGGAGAUUGUCCUGAAGGAGGUUGUGGAUGCCAAAGGCCGCACCAGCUUCUACGAGCAGUACGGAGUCAUCCGGGAUGUGCUGCAGAACCACCUCACCGAGGCCCUGAUGUUCCUGACCAUGGAGCUCCCGGGCAACCUGAGUAGGACCGAAGAAGUCUUGCAGUGCAAGCUGCAGGCCCUCCGGUCCUUGCGGGGCCUGGAGAAGCACAGUGCUGUGUUGGGUCAGUAUCAGGCGUACGCCAGCCACGUGCAGGAGGAACUGAAGAAGGGACAGGACUAUGUCAGCACGACACCAACCUUCGCAGGUGUGCUCGUUCAGAGUGACAGCCUGCGUUGGGAAGGGGUCCCUUUCCUCCUCACUUCUGGGAAAGCCCUGGAUGAACGGGUAGGUUACGUCCGUGUUCUCUUCAAGAACCGGGCCUACUGCACGCAGAGCGAGACGCUGCGGGACGCAGGGCACAGCCAGUGUAAAGCCAAGCAGAUCAUCUUCUACAUCGGACAUGGCGCACUCAACACCCCUGCAGUGCUUGUGAGCAGGAACCUUUUCAGGCCUGUCAUGCCAAAAAGCAGUUGGAGAGAAGUUGUAGGUCAGCCAGAGCUGCAUGUUUUUGGACAACCGCUGUCUGAUUACUACGUGUACAGCCCUGUGAAGGAGAGAGAUGCGUAUUCUGUCCUUAUUUCCAACAUAUACCACGGCAGGAAGGACUUCUUCAUCACCACCGAGAACUUGCUGGCCUCCUGGGCCUUCUGGACACCGCUGCUGAACAGUAUUUCUCGCCAGCCCCCGCGCCUCUACCCUGGUGGGGUGGAGAACCAAAACCUCUUGGACUUUGAAAUGGUGAGCGGGGAGCUGGCGUUCACGGCGGCAGAGCCGGUGGAACUGCUGCACCCCGACAGGUCGAUGCCAAGUGAUUUCAAGACAAUCCAGUCCAAAUUUCGGCAAAGCCCCUUGGUGUCAAUGUGGUCCGAGGACCUGAUUUCCCAGCUGGCUUCUGAUGUUGAGAAGGCAGCAAACAGGGCUGUGGCAGGCUCUGGGCAGUUCCACCUGGCUUUGUCCGGCGGCUCAAGCCCCGUGGCCCUAUUCCAGCGGCUGGCAAGGCACCAUUAUGCCUUCCCGUGGAGGCACACCCACAUCUGGCUGGUGGAUGAGCGCUGCGUCCCCCUCACUGACCCGGAGUCCAACUUCUUCAGCCUGCACAGCCACCUCCUGCAGAGCAUCAGGGUGCCCUACUUCAACGUCCACCCCAUGCCUGUGCACCUGAACCAGCGGCUCUGCGUGGAAGAGGAUGGAGGCACGGAGCUUUAUGCCAAGGAGAUCGCGGCCCUGGUGGCCAAUUCCAGCUUUGACCUGGUGCUGCUGGGGCUGGGCACUGACGGGCACACCGCCUCGCUCUUCCCCGACUCUGAAAACGGCCUGGAAGGGACUCAGGCUGUGGUGCUGACCGAAAGCCCCAUCAAACCUCACCAAAGGAUGAGCUUCAGCCUGUCCCUCAUCAACAAAGCCAGGCAGGUGUUCGUGCUGGUUGUGGGGAAGGGCAAGCACGAUAUCACCACCCAGAUCAGCAGGGUGGGCCGGCAGCCAAGGAAGUGGCCUAUCUCGGGUGUCAGCCCCAGCUCUGGCCAGCUGGUGUGGUAUGUGGAUUAUGAAGCUCUGCUUGGGUGAUGUCCUCCGUGUCCCUCCUCCCUCGUCUGCCUGGAUUUUCCUACACAGCGUCCAUGUUUUCCUGUUGCCAGCAGCAGCUUUAUCUCUGACGGGCUCCUCUAACCUUCUGGGGAAUUGGUGGCCUGUGGUGCCUCUGACAUUUGAGCUCAGCUCAGUGUGCAGAGCUAAGCAGGAGUCCAGGCAGCAUUGCUGGCUCUGCCAGACUCAGACUGUGACUUUGGACACGUUACCUCACCUUGAAGUGCCUCAGUUUCCCCUCUCAGGAAUUUAUUAACGUUGAACUACCUCGCAGGCACAACGGGAGACUUGUUAUAUUAAGUACCUGCCAAUUCUUUUUUUGUUGUUGGUUUUUGAUUCUCAGGUUCAAAGACAGUAACGACAUCUCCGUCCUCUGCCCAGCUCUGCCUGGGACAGUCCUGGCCUCAGCAAAAUGAGUCUCAUGUGCACAUGGGUCUGCAGUCUUGUCCGUGCAGCCCGUCGUGGUGUCCACCAGCCACUGGCCUUGGCUGGGCUCUCUUGGAGCUUCUGUGGCUUGUGGCCCCUAAAUGCUGACACCGAUUUGUGAGCUCGCUGUAGUCCUGGGUCUUCACCAAUUGCCAAGCAGCAGGGUUUGAGCCUACACACAGUAAUUUACUGCUUUCCUUAAGUGGAUAGCUGGUAUCGUGGGGGAUGGAGAAGGAAACAAAACUGCUUCUGAGGCUGUUAGAAUAAUGGGGGCAGGCUGAGGAACAUGGCAGUUCCCAAAGCUGUUAUUUGCCUGCAGUGCAAUAAUUACUGAGGGAAAAGCUUGUUGUUCAGGGUAGUUGUUUGUGUUUAGCCAGCACAGGAGUGGUCUUUUCCUUAACUGUCCUCUCUUUUUGUUUCAUUCUCUGAAACAAUUUUUCUCUGUCCACAGAACUGAAGCUCACAGUGCCAUUCAGAGGCUUAUACAAUUUCUGUGGGAGGCAGCUUUAAAAACUACCCAUGUGUCCCUCAUGACAGCACACAUUAAGGUAGUUACGGUGUUUAGGGAUGGUGGUGUUGGGGUUUCAGCUCAAGGACGCUGACUUACAAGGAGAGGGAAUUUUCUCCGAACAUCUAUUUUGGGCACACAGAACUAACAUGCUGCAUCUCUGUGUAGACAGGACAAGGUUAAGUGAUUAUAGAAAUGUAUAGUGCAGCUGCUCACAGGGUUGGAGACAUCCAGUUCUACCUAGGGACCCUGCUCUUUCCAUCCUAAUUUUUACUUUCCCUACCACAAACAAAGGCUGUCUCUGCUUUCAUGAUAUCCCCAAGUACUCCGUGACCUUCUCUAAUGGGUAAGUUGCCGCAGCAAGCCAGAGUGCAGCUUGUAGAAAGGAAAUCAAGAUGGGAGAACGUGGGCUGAUGAUCCAGAUGGAGGCUUGGAGACAAACCUGCUCAUAUGGAGUGGCCCCAGAAGGAAACUGGAGCGUGGCUGUGGUCCUGGCUCCCAGCAGCGAGGAUGCUGCAUAGGAGCAGAGGCUAUUUCCAAAGGGAUCUUUGCCUUCCUCCUGGGAAUGCUGGACCUGCUUCCACAGAGAAGGAGCUGCUGGAUGGCUUGGGGGUGACUCAGGGACUGAAGUGCUGACACGAGAUGGCGCCCCGACCCCAAGGAGCAGCAGUGAGCUGUGUGGGCUGGGGUGGUGCCAGGCCUGGCCACGCCUUCCAGGCCCCUGAGGUUAAGUAGGGUCCUCAGGAGCUGGGCUUGGUGACACUUCACAGACCUACAAGUCUGCAGGACGGGGAAGGAAGGGGACUUUGUUUUAGACAGCUGGACAUUGGCCUCGAAUCCCCUGCUCGGGGGAUCUGAAUCCUAGUGGUGAGGAUGCAAAUGAAGGUGCAAGUAGCUGCUGUGGCCUGGCAGCACGUGAAGCAAGGUGGACAGGUCCAUCCAGCCUGUACUCCUCCCAGGGUCACUGCAUGGGAAAGGAUGGGGCUUGUGGUGGUGUGGCUGCCACAAAAGCUCACAUGGAGAAGAGACAUGAGUGCCUGAACUGGUCUGGUCUGGCAGAGGGGACGGCUGGUUAUCCAUUUUUAUGUGUGUGCUCAUGAAUAAGUUCACUACUGCCUGUUUCUCAGUUGCAGGCAGGCUUAGCUACCAGCACAAACACCCAAGGGUGAAAAAAAAUUGCAGGGGAAGAAGGUGGCAUGGGAGAGCAGGAGGAAGGCGAGCACUGCAGGCUCCUUGGAGCAGGACUUGCUGGAUAAGUGGGGUCUGGAAUAAGAGCACGCGCCUGAGGAGUUAACUGCAAUAACUCUUCUGGAAUAACUCUUCUUGUAGACGAGUGCUAGCAGACACUGGCUCCGAAAUAUACCACAGUGGCUGAAACAGCUGUGCAGAGGAAGAUGUUUUAGGUCUGGUAUGUCCAUAAAUUUAAACAGCAUUUUUCUUCUUUAAACAAAAGUAGCCGUGUAAACCUCAAUCUGGGUCUUGGGUGUUUGGGGUGAGGGAACAAGUUUUAAGGAAAAACUGACCUACGUGAGAAAAGCUUAUUCUUACACGUGACAGUUUGUUCCUACCUUACAGAUAACUGUGGCAUUGGUAUUUUCGUGUUUCUGCACACUAUUUUUAAUAAUGGUCCAGCACCUUUUGAAAUAAACACUUUUUAAAACAAAAAAAAAAGGGGGGGGGUUAUUUGCACUCUUAAACAAGCUUUUUCUUUUUUCCUCAGAGAGCAGCUGUUCUUUACAGCAAAAAAAAAGGGUUCCUUUGGGAAGUCUCUAAUAGAUCACCCCUAAAUUCAUCCUGGAUUUUAUGAAAAUCCAGUUAAAACGUCUGUGUUUUCCUCAGUGAACAUAGCUGACUGGGUUGUUUGUGUUUUUCUAGCACUGUAUAUUUUUUUUUUCCUCAGACAUUCCUUUUAAACCCUUUAAUACUUAGCAUUUGCCAAAUGAGAAAUAAAUAUUUUGUAAUGUAUAAAAAUUGUGACUGGUACAGGGAGAGACUGCGGAUGGGAAGAAGGGUGAAAUUAUUAACAAAUCUGUUGGAGAAGAAUGGUAGAAAUCCACUGGGCUGUAGGCCAGGGAAGCAGUGCUAUUUUUAUUUUGUAAAAGCUAUUAAUAGGAGGAGUGCACCUUCUUGAGAGCUUGAGUAUUAACCUUUCUUUGCAGAAACAAGUCCAUGGAGUAACUACUUAUUGUCUGUUCCCAUAAGUGAUUAUUGAUAACAAGUUUAUUUUUUUUAAAAUGGCAAAUAAUUUCUUCAUUACAUUCCUGUAAUUCAAUGGUGUGAUAUUUACUGUUUUACAGAAAACUUAACACUGGAAUUCACUUUUUCUCACUUUUAUAAAUCGAGCUGUAAAAUCA